AUGCACGCGCCUCCUGAUGAUGAGCUGAAACACUCGGUCCACUCGGCACGCGCCUUGGCAGGCCACACACGCCUGCUGGGUAGCGGUGCUCGCGCCAGGCGCCGCGCGGUGCUGGCUGCCUGGGCCGUGGUGACGCUCGCCGCUACGGCGCUGCUGCAACAUCGUUACACCCACGCCGCUGCCGCGCGCCUGCUGUUGGCCAGCGGCGGCGACAGACCAGGGCUCCGCGCAGUCGGCCAGGGGCCUGGGCAGUCCGCAGCAGCGACAGCGCCGCUAGCUGGCGCCGACCGUCGAUUAGAUUUUGGUUUCUGGCUGGAUUAUGCGUCAGCCGACGCGCGCGGCCAUGGCGUGCAGGUGACAGCCAGAUGCGACGACAAGCUAGGCAUCGGCUUCCUGGAGGGAUGGGCCCGCGGCCGGGGCGUGCUGUGCAAAGGCGCCAGCAGGCAGCUUUCAGGCGCGAGCCGCGUCGAGUGCUACGCGUACCCGGUCAGCAACGGCGGGCUGGCCUGCGUGAGCACCAACCUGGUGCUGGACGCCCGCGGCUUCAUGGGCCCUCAGGGCCCGUUGGGGCACCCCGCGCACGACGCGUACCUGCCGCGUGGCGGGCCCGGCUCGGUGCAGCUCGGCUGCAAGCUUGACGCACAUGCAGAGCGGGCGCAGCGGAUAUCAAGCGGCCUGGACGGCGAGCAGCUGCCAUGGUUCCAGGCACCGGCGUCUGUGCUUUAUGAGCAGGGGCAGGAGGGCGGGGGCCUACACCUGGCAGAGGCAAUGCCAGUCAGCGAGGCGGAGCAGCAGCGGUGGGCCGCCGCCGAGGAGGCCGGACGCGACGCCGCAGCGACGGCAGAUGCGAGCACGGCGACUCUGACGGGGGCGGCAGCGAACGCACUGGCAGCGAGUCGGACUGCAGCACCCGCCACGUCAGCCAGCACAAGAUUGCUUUUCAAGGAGACACGCUCUGGUCAAGGAGGGGAGGGGGCGAGAGCACAGAGGGAUCAGCGCCCUGAACAGCCCCAGUCUCCCGUGGUCGAGGUCGACGCAGAUGAUAUCGAAGCGCAGUGCGGCGACGGCGCCCCUGACGCCGUGCCACACACCGUCAUGUUUGUCAGCCGGCUGGACACGACCAACCCCUACCACUUCACUCAGAGCCUGGUCCAGGCGUUCCUCUCGCUGGCGGUGGUGGCUGCGGCUGAGGGCCAGGCGGCGUUUGCGCAGGGGCUGCAGGUGAUCAUCGCCGACUGGUUCGCCCCGGGGCCCUUUGCCGAGAUCUGGAGCCGCCUGUCGCACCCCCACCCAGCCGCCAGCCUCGCCGCUGACGCCCGCAAGGGCGGCCCCAGGCGGUGCUACUGUCGCGCGGUCCACGCCCACUACACACAGCCCGCGGCGGCGUUCCUGGGCUACGAGGGCAUCGACAGCCCCCACACCUGCCCCUCAACGCUGCUGGUGGCGGCGGCGCACUGGCAGCGCGCCCUGUUCCGCGAGAUACUGCCCAGGGCGGAGCGCGAGGAGUACGUCGCCGCGAUGCUGGGCGGCCGGCCGGGCGCCGCGGCGCGGCGCGUGCCGGCGGAGGGGCACCGCCGCCUGAACGUGGUGUGGCUCAGCCGGCAGUGGUUUGGGCGGACCCUGGAGGCGGGCGGCGGCCUCAGCGGCUGGCAGAGCGAGCGGCAGCUGGGCUACGAGGAGGAGGCCGGGAUCGUGGCGGCGCUGCAGGCGGCAGUCCUGGGGUGGAACCAGGCGGCGUGCGCUCCGCCGGCGUUUGGAUGGUGGCAGGAGGAGCGCGAGGUGGCGACGCAGCAGGGCUGCCGGCCCAGCAACGUGUCCUUUGACUUCCACUCCCUGGACCCGUCUGCCCACGACCUCUUCCCGGACCAGCUCGUGCUCUACACACACGCGGGCGUCGUCGUCGGCAUCCACGGCGCCGCCCUGACCAACCAGAUCUGGAUGCGGCCCCACCGCGGGGCAGUCGUGGAGUUUGGCCAGGGCAGCAACCUGCACUACCACAACAUGGCGGCCAUGCUGGGCCACAGGUACCUGGAGGCGGAGGGCACCGCCCAGUCGCUCAGCGCCGCGCUGACCGCCGCCAUGGAUUACGUGGCGUCGCGGUACUAG